GAAGCACUUCCGGGAACAGACAGUCAACAUGGCGUUUAGUUUUGGCGGCGCCACGAGUAAUACAGCGGCAAGCACCUCUGGGUUUCCAUUUGGUUCGUUUGGUGCCAAAACCACGGCAUCCACAGCCUUUGGCUUCGGUGCUCCAGCCGCCACCACCACCACCGCCUCCUCCGGAUUCAGCACUCUUACAGCGCCUGGUUUUGGAGCAGCCACCACCACUGCUGCUGCACCAGCCACAGGAUUUAGUUUUGGCUCCACCAACACUGGAUUUGGGGGGCUGGGAGCUGGAAACACCACGGCUGGUGGGUUUAGUUUUGGGGGGUUUGGUUUAAAUGCCAACCCAGCAGCAGUCAGCUUUAAUGUGGGGUGCUUUGGUACAGCAACCACCACUGGCACUGUUUUCAAUUUUGGUAAUAGCCUGGCUAGCACAGGCACUUUUGGUGGCUUUGGGACAACUACAACAUCUGCUGUUGCACCUGGGUCCACAUUUAGUUUCGCUACUCCUUCUAACACCACAGGCAGCCUGUUUGGUAACACACAAAACAAAGGCUUUGGGUUUUCCUCUGGGCUUGGCACAGGGACUGCUGCAGGGGCAUCAGGAUUUGGGACUGGAUUAGGAACAACCGGUCUCGGUGGGUUUGGAGGCUUUAAUGUCCCACAAACUCAGCAACAACAAGGAGGUUUGUUCGGCCAGCAGACGCAGCAGCCGGGUCAGACUCAGCCCACCCAGCUUUACCAGCAGGUCACUGCUCUGUCAGCCCCCACCCUGUUAGGAGAUGAACGUGACUCCAUCUUAGCCAAAUGGAAUCAGCUGCAGGCUUACUGGGGCACAGGGAAGGGCUACUAUGGCAACAACAACCCUCCUGUUGACUUCACACUGGAGAACCCCUUCUGCAGGUUCAAGGCCGUUGGCUACAGCUGCAUCCCAGUUAGUAAAGAUGAGGAUGGAUUAGUAGCGUUGGUUCUCAAUAAAAAGGAAGCCGACGUGCGAACCCAGCAGCAGCAGCUUGUGGAGUCCAUCCAUAAGGUCCUGGGAAGCAACCAGACGCUCACUGUCAAUGUGGAGGGUGUGAAAGCCCUGCCUAAUGAUCAGACAGAGGUGAUCGUUUAUGUGGUGGAGCGUUCUCCUAAUGGCACGUCCAAGCGGAUCCCUGCCACCACACUGUUCGGUUACCUGGAGCAGGCCAACAUUAAGGUCCAGCUCACACAGCUGGGUGUGGCCAUGUCCAUCACGCGCACAGAGCUCUCUCCAGCCCAGCUCAAACAGCUGCUGCAGAAUGCACCUGCAGGUGUGGACCCUAUUAUAUGGGAACAGGCAAAAGUGGACAACCCUGACCCAGAGAAAUUAAUACCAGUCCCCAUGGUGGGUUUCAAAGAGCUGCUUCGUAGACUGCAGAUCCAAGAGCAGAUGACCAAACAGCACCAGACCAGAGUGGACAUUAUCUCCAACGACAUCAGUGAACUACAGAAGAACCAGGCGACGACGGUGGCGAAGAUCGCUCAGUACAAGAGGAAACUAAUGGAUCUGUCUCAUAGAGUUCUCCAGGUUUUGAUCAAGCAGGAGAUCCAGAGAAAAAGUGGUUAUGCCAUUCAGGUGGAUGAGGAGCACCUCCGAGUGCAACUGGACACCAUUCAGUCUGAACUCAAUGCCCCCACCCAGUUCAAGGGCCGGUUAAAUGAAUUAAUGUCCCAAAUCCGGAUGCAAAACCACUUUGGAGCGGUGAGAUCUGAAGAGCGCUACAACGUGGACGCAGACCUUCUCAGAGAAAUCAAACAACACUUGAAACAACAACAAGAAGGUUUAAGUCAUUUAAUCAGCGUCAUCAAAGACGACUUGGAAGACAUCAAACUCAUAGAGCAUGGACUGAGCGACAGUGGACACAUGAGAGGAGGCAUCCUGAGCUGAGGCACCUGCAAACACACCCAGCAGGGGUACAGGGGACACCCACAACAGAGACACCUGCAAACACACCCAGCAGGGGUACAGGGGACACCCACAACAGAGACACCCACAACAGAGACACCUGCAAACACACCCAGCAGGGGUACAGGGGACACCCACAACAGAGACACCUGCAAACACACCCAGCAGGGGUACAGGGGACACCCACAACAGAGACACCCACAACAGAGACACCUGCAAACACACCCAGCAGGGGUACAGGGGACACCCACAACACUCAA